AAAUCCACCUUUUGGCAGCAGGUGAGGUCAAAUGCGGAGGGACGGAGCGGAAGAGCUUUGCUGACAGGUGGAGGAAAAAAUAUUUUAGCUUUAAGCUAAAGAGGAGCAAAUGGACGAAAACAAAACGGAGCUGGUCAAAAGUCUCUUAAUAUGGCUGCAGACCUUCAACACUCCUGCACCCUGCCAAACAUUGGAGGAGCUGACCACUGGAGCGGCAAUGUCACAGGCGCUGCAGCAGAUAGACCCUGCGUGGUUCACUGAUGGCUGGCUCAGUCGUAUCAAAUCAGAUGUUGAUGACAACUGGAGGUUAAAGAUGAACAACCUGAAGAAGAUCCUUCAGAUGGUAGUUGACUAUUAUAAUGAGGUCUUGGGCCAGGAAAUCUCAGAUUUUCCUUUACCAGAUGUGUCACUGGUGGCAGAGAAGUCAGACCCCAUUGAAAUGGGGAGGCUGCUGCAGCUUAUCCUGGGCUGUGCCGUCAGAUGUGAGCGCAAACAAGAAUACAUUCGGAUCAUCAUGACCUUGGAGGAGUCUGUGCAGCAUGUUGUUAUGACAGCCAUCCAGGAGCUCAUGAGUAAAGAGACCAAGACCCCAUUUGGAGCAGAGCUGUCAGGGGACUUGGAACAGCAGCUGAAAAAAGCUCUUGAGGACCUCGCUGAUCUUCAGGCAGAGAAGGAAGCGCUAACUCAACGCUGUCAAGAGCUGGACCUACAGGUGGCCGUUCUUCAAGAGGAGCGGAACAGCUUACUGGCUGAGAAUGACGUCCUAACAGACCGAGCUAAUCAGCUGGACACGUUUGAUGACCCAAGCACACCCUCAGGAAGAAAACACAGCCAGUUACAGCAACAGCUGGAGACGCUGCAGGAAGAGAACUUCAGGCUGGAGGCUGCUAAGGAUGACUAUCGGAUUCACUGUGAGGAGUUGGAGAAGCAGCUGAUUGAAGUUCAGCACCGAAAUGAUGAGCUCACCAGCCUGGCAGAGGAAUCACGGGCUCUCAAAGAUGAACUGGAUGUGCUGAGGAACUGCUCAGAUCGGGUGGUGAUGUUGGAGGCUUCGGUGGAAACGUACAAGCGUAAGCUGGAGAAUCUGGGUGAUUUGAAGAGGCAGAUGAAGCUGCUGGAGGAGAACAACAUGACUUACAUGCAAAACACUGUCAGUCUGGAGGAAGAGCUGCGCAAGGCCAACGCUGCCCGUGCACAGCUCGAGACAUACAAGAGACAGGUCCAGGAGCUACACAGGAAGUUGUCUGAGGAGACAAGGCGAGCAGACAACCUGGCUUUUGAGAUGAAGAAGUUGGAGGAGAAGCAUGAAACUGGAAUGAAGGAGAAAGAGAGGAUCAUCAUUGAGAGAGAUUCUCUGAAGGAAAUCAACGAGGAGCUUCGAUGCACUCAGGCCCAGCAGCACCAGCUCUCCCAAGCAGGCAUCCUUCCCUCUAGCAGCCCCAGUCACGAUAACCUGGCAGCUGAGUUGAUGCCCGUUGAGUACAGAGAAAAGUUCAUCCGGCUGCAGCAUGAGAAUAAGAUGUUGAGGGUGCAGCAGGAAGAAUGUGAGCGUGAGAAGAUUGCUGCUCUGCAGGCGCAGCUGGAAGAAGCACACAAGACACGCAGCGAACUGGACACUGAAAACAGAUUGAGCCGAGAGCGGAUCAGUGAGCUGCAGCAGCAGGUUGAGGACCUCCAGAAGGCUUUGCAGAGUCAGGCAUCCAAGCCCGAUGAUUCAAACCUGAAGCGGAAACUUGAUGCACACAUGGUCCAACUGAACGAGGCUCAGGAUGAAAUCAUGAAGAAGAAAGAACUGCUGAAGGACCUUCAGCCCGACAACACUCAGACCUCCCUGAAGGUGGAUGAGCUCAUGGCUGCUCUAAAGAAGAAGGAUGAUGACAUGAGAGCCAUGGAAGAGCGAUACAAGAUGUACCUGGAGAAAGCUCGCAAUGUGAUCCGAGCAUUGGACCCAAAGCUGAAUCCUGCUACUGCUGAGAUCCAGUCUCUGAGGAACCAGUUAGCAGACCGAGACAAGCAGGUUCUCAGUUUGGAACGUCAGUGUGAGCAGGCCAGGCUGAGAGAAUAUGAGGAGAAGCUAAUUGUCACAGCAUGGUAUAACAAGAGUCUGAACUUUCAGAAGUUGGCCAUUGAAUCGCGUCUCGGGGGGCGCACUGGCUCCAUGCUGUCCCCCGGGCAGUCCUUCUUGACGCAGCAGCGGCAAGUCUCAAAUGCCCCUCGCCGGGCGCUUUCAAUCAGCGUGCCUGCCACUACCUCCAAGUAGACCGUGUCACAGAGCCAAAUGUCUCCACUUAUUCAACUAAGGAAAAGUCCAUAGCGCUCUCUCCCAUAAGUGACCUUAAACACAUCUGCUCUCAGCAAGGGGAGGGGGUACGCCGACUGGCAUCAGUGAGCAGCUGCUUCUCAAACCCAACCUGACAGGUCACCCACCUGAGGUUCACGACUACGCAUUAGCCUGAACCCUGAACAUGCAUAGAACAUUAACCCACUGCUAUCUGAAGCAGUGCACAAUGCACCAACACUAGAUUAGACUAAAGCACAUUUCCUGUCUCUGCUUUGCCGUACAGCUCAAUACUUGCUAUAAUCAGUUUAGCCUGGGCUCCUUUAUCUCCCGUCAGGACUGAGAGAAAUGUAAAUGACUGCUUAAUGAUUUUAUUUAGAGUUUGAUCUUACUGUUAUUAAUGAAUGUGAAUGCUAAAGCCAAGUUCUUGUAACUUCAGAUGACUGACGUGUGUACAAGCUGAACAAUCAAAGUAUGCAGUGUCGUCAAACCGCAGCAUCUGAGGAAAAACAGACAGUUUGAAAAGAAAUCCUGUAUCUGGUGCUGGCCACCAACUGCUUUUUGAGCAUCAAACAUCAGCCACUUGAAGUUUUUACUAAAAUGGAACAAAGUAAAGCUGUGAAAAUCCUGAAUCAUAUUAACAGCAAUCAGCCUUUUAAAGUAAAUCCAGGAAAUGUUUUCUAUAUUCCCAGGGAGUAAUGAGACCUCAGUACUGGCAGCAUGCUUGCAGUAAAAACUGACGGGCCUUUCUGUUCACUGAAUAUCUUGAAUCUUAUUGAGCAGUGACUAUCCAAGAGUGUAAUCUAUAAAUUUGUACAGCUGUAAACAUGAUUUUAACACCAGCUUUUGAUCCAGAUGUCAGAAUCAGGUUAGACAUUCAUACAGUACCUUCAAAUUGUAACUUGGAAAAAAAAAAUGUUUGUUACUGUAAGCAGGAUUGUAUCAUGAAUAUGUCUUCAGGCUGUUUAGUAUCAGCAUUGUAGCGGCGCACACUUUGUCUUUCAGAUUGUUGGUUUCUGGCUGCCCGAUGCUACAACGGUUAGAUAAACUUUAAAACUGCAUCCUGUUACCAUCAUUUUUAAUAGAAUUAUUGCUGAUAGCUUUGAUUUAUUUUUCCUUUGCAGUGAAUGAUUCUUGUGGAAUGCUAAUAUUAAAGCAGUGUCACUCGUAAAAAUAGGAAGUGUCAUCAAGUGUAGCACAGCACAGAAACUGUGAGUUGUGUAAUUUGUGUGUAAAUGAAGAAAAGUGUGUGUGUGUGUGGGGGGGGGGGGGGGCGUAAUGA